UUCCGUUUGACAUAUUAUCACCGAUACUAGAAACCAGCAGGGAAUAUAGGUCGAAUUCCAAUACAUCAUUAUAUCAAUCAGAAGAAUGCACGACUUCAAAUAUACUGUCUAUGAUGUUUCCUAUGCCAUCAAAUCCUUGCAAUCCACUGGAGACAAGAUUAAUUAAUCAGAUUUUGUCAUCUUUAAACCCUUCAUUGGUACAAUAUCCUGGCUUUCAUGAUAUGCAAAGCGAAAGUUCAAAUAAUCACGCGAAAUUAGAAAGAAUUGCUCGAAAUUGGCGACGCCGUACUAGUAGCGCAAUUAAUUUAGAUGAACCUAUAAGAUUAUUUAAUGAUUCCUUUUUAAUCCGGCAAAAGAUUGGUGAAGGUGCAUAUGGUAAAGUUUAUCGUGUAUUGGAUAUGAAUAUUGCUACCGAAAAUAAUAAAUACCCACAGGCAUCACGUGCGUUAAAGCUUCAAAUACCUUCUACCGCUUGGGAAUUUUAUAUUAUUCGGAAAUUACAUGAAAGAAUCAUUUCACCAACAAUCGAUUCCAUAAUAACAGCACAUUCUUUGUAUUACUAUAAGGAUGAAAGUUAUUUAGUCACAGAGCUUUGUUACCAUGGAACGAUUGUGGAUGCUAUAAACACGGCUAAAAGAGAAAAUUCGACAAUGGAUGAAAUUUUGGUAAUUUUCUUCACUGUUGAACUUAUGAAAGUCAUUGAAGCGGUUCAUGAAGCGGGAAUAAUUCAUGGUGAUAUAAAAGCAGACAAUUGUCUGUUGAGAUUAGAGCGAACAGCUGAAUGGGACGCACAAUAUGACCCGUCAGGUGCUCAUGGAUGGUCAAAGAAAGGUAUUAAACUAAUAGACUUUGGAAGAGCAAUAGAUGUUACAUUAUUUCCUUCUGAUAUGAAAUUUAUAGCUGAUUGGAAAUGUGAUGACCAAAAUUGUGUGGAAAUGAGAGAAGGUAGACCAUGGAAAUGGCAAGCGGAUUAUUAUGGUUUGGCCGGGGUAAUACAUUGCAUGCUACAUAAUGAGUAUAUGCAAAUCAUUCCCGUACGAAUGGAUGAAGAAUCAUUCUCACCAGGUGCUACUUUUUCGACAAAAAAAUAUAGGCCAAUACAAUCUUUCAAACGUUAUUGGCAAGGAAAUCUAUGGGGUAGAUUAUUUGAUAUGCUAUUGAACCCAUCAUUAGUUCGUUCAGACGGACGAUUACCAAUAACUCUAGAAUUAAAUAAUAUUAGAAAAGAGUUUGAACAAUAUUUGAUUGUUAAUUGCGAAAAAAUUGGAAAAGAGUUAAAAGCACAAUUGAAGCGAUUAGAAGUUAAUAGUGAAAUAAAUUAUCAAUGA